UGCUUCUGUCAAAGUUAAAAAAUGAAUUCUGGUUAAGGUUGUUCUUAAUUUAUGAGAAUGAUAUAUUUUAAAAUAUAACUACAGAAUGAUAAAGAUAUUAUGGGCCAUAUAUGUCACCUUUGCGAAUCGGCACUCUAUUUAUGCGUGACUUAAAGUGUGUUAGAAUUUGCAGAAUGAUAAUUAGUUGUGUUUAAAGGUCUACAUUUACGAAUAAAAUGGGAAACCAAAACAGUUGUUGCUGUUACCGUAGCCCGUCUCCGAUCAGGAAAGAUAUCGUAAAGUUAGAGGAAUAUCCCCAGGAAGGAGAUUUAAGUUCUAAUAACAUACAACAUAUAAGUGAAAGAGAACCCGAUGACGGAGAUAUUGAUCCUUCUCAAGAUCCUAUAGCAGGUACUAUAUUUAUGGAAAGAUCCAAAGCUUCAAUUGAGAAUGGCAUGACUAGAAAGCGUAGCCAACAUCAAAUAGCAGAUAAUAAGUUGAAGAAAAGUAGUUCCUGUUCUACGAUUUACUUAGAUGAUAGCACAGUCUCCCAGCCAAACUUGAAAAACACAGUUAAAUGUGUAGCACUGGCAAUUUAUUACCACAUAAAAAAUCGAACAUCUGAACGUAGAUUAGACAUAUUUGAUGAAAAGUUACAUCCUCUGAGUAAAGAAGGGGUCAGCGAUGACUACGAUAGAUACAACCCUGAGCAUAAACAAAUCUAUAAAUUUGUCCGAACAUUAUUUAAUGCUGCCCAGUUAACAGCGGAGUGUGCUAUUAUUACAUUGGUGUACUUAGAAAGACUCCUUAUAUGUGCCGAUUUAGAUAUUGCUCCUUCAAAUUGGAAGAGAAUAGUUCUGGGUGCAAUUUUAUUAGCGAGUAAGGUUUGGGAUGACCAAGCCGUUUGGAAUGUGGACUACUGUCAAAUUCUCAAGGACAUCACUGUUGAAGAUAUGAAUGAGUUAGAGCGACAGUUUCUAGAGAUGUUGCAGUUCAACAUUAAUGUGCCCUCAAGUGUUUAUGCUAAGUAUUACUUUGAUCUGCGCACACUUGCUGAAGCUAAUGACUUAGCUUUUCCCAGUGAGCCACUAAGUAAGGAAAGAGCACAAAAGCUAGAAGCCAUGUCCCGAGUAAUGGAAGAUAAGAUAUCUGCUGAAAUAGUAAAGAACGGUAUUAAAAAGUGGUCCAGCUUGGAUAAUGUCAAUUCAGGUGCUGGUGUGAGGCGUAGUGUGGCCAUAUUGUCUUAAAAAUUUAGUCAUGAGUCGAAAUUUUGUAUCAAAAUUAAAAAAUCACAUCCCAAUAGGUAUUUAGAAAGUUUUGCAAAAUUUUUUUACAACUAAUUGGCACAUUGCUUUAGUAUUUGUGCAUGAAAAUGCUAAUAAUUAUUAGAUAUAAAAUUUGU